UCUCGACGCCAGCACGGCGUGCAAUGACCGCCAAACAGCAUGCAGCGCCUUUAAACCCAAAGGAGGAUAUCGUCCAGGUAGACAUUGUCUACAUUGCCGAGUCAGCUGCAGCGUCCGAGACCGUUGCUGUAUGCAUACCUUGUGAAAAGUUGAGCGCGCACAAACCAACUAAGAGGCUCUCAGUCACAACUUGAC